GCAAAGGUGGUAAUGAGCCAUUCAAAAUUCCCAAAGCUUUUCAGUAGCACACUUAAACAAAACGAAAAAGCCAUCAUGCCACCCAUCUAAAGCGAAAAAGCUCAACCAGAAACACAAACACCAACACAGAGAGAAGAAGAAAGUAGAGAGAGAGAGAGAGAGAGAGAGAGAGAGAUGUACAGAUUCAGCAACACGGUGAUCGGAUUCCUAAACCUCUUCACACUCCUAGCCUCCAUCCCCAUCAUCGGUGGCGGCUUAUGGCUGGCGAGGAGCAGCGCCACGUGCGAGACCUUCCUCCAGACGCCACUCCUCGUGAUCGGCUUCGUGAUCCUCAUAAUCUCCCUGGCGGGCUUCAUCGGCGCGUGCUUCCACGUGGCGUGGGCGCUCUGGUUCUACCUGUUCGUCAUGCUGCUCCUCAUAGGGGCGUUGCUGGGACUGACCAUGUUCGGGUUCGUGGUGACGGGCGGGGGCGGCGGAGCCGAGUUGGCGGGGAGGGUGUACAGGGAGUACCGGCUGGAGAGGUACUCGGCGUGGCUGAGGAACUGGGAGGCGAGGAACUGGGAGGCGAUUAGGAGUUGCGUUGUGGGGUCCAAGGCUUGUGAGAAGAUCAAGUAUUGGACGCCGUAUGAUUAUUUGCAAAGAGACAUGACGCCCAUACAGUCGGGUUGCUGCAAGCCGCCAACAUCAUGCGAUUAUGGGGCAACCGUGAUGGCCCAAGACCCGGACUGCUACCGGUGGAAUGCCCCGAACUUGCUUUGCUACGAGUGCGAUUCGUGCAAAGCCGGUGUGCUCGAAAGUGUGAGAAACGAUUGGCACAAGCUCUCGGUUCUCAACAUUGUCAUGCUUGUUCUGCUCAUUGGCAUCUACUCCAUCGGCUGCUGCGCUUUCCGAAACACCAAACGGGCCGAUACCGAUUACCCGCAUGGCGAGAACUACAUGACCAAAGUCCGCCCCAGAUGGGAUUUCCACUGGUGGAGAUGGUGGCAUGACAGAAGACACCAGAUUUAUUAGCCAGAAUUUUCUCUCUAUUACUCUCUCUCUCUCUCUCUACCCUUUCUCUGUAUUUUCUUCUCUCUCCAAUUCCCACUUUGUCUACUGGUUCUAUUAAAAGAUGGGACAUUUCAGUUGUUUUUUCAGCGUAUAUGUGGGCUAACUGCUUUCAAGCGACUUGGGACUGCCGGACUGGGAAUAGCAGCAUUCAAGGCCUCUUAUUUUCCCACAUGCUAACUGCUUUUUUGUACAAAGAAAGAUUCGACUCUAUCUCACAGAUCAACCAUGUGUUUUUUUUUUUUUUGCUUUUGCUUUAUUAGUAUUUGGGCUUGUGAGUUGUGAAACCUAAUUCGACAUGGGUCGCGCUUCGCUUGGGCCAGUGCUCUUGAAAUCUAAACAUAAAUAUUAUGG